AUGAAAAUAGAGAAUUCUGAAAAUGAUAUUUACAAUCACUUGUAAGAUGAUGCAAUAAACUAAACUCAAGAUAAUUUAGAUGAUUAAGGAUAAUUAGAAUAGAAUGCUUAGAAUACUUCUUGGUUUGCAAGAACUUGUGGAACUAUGAAAAAAGGAUCACUGAGAUAAUCUAUAAUUGCUCUUAUGUGUGCUGCAAUGGGUUCAGGAAUGUUAUCCUUUCCAUGUAUAUUUAUAUUUAUUUUAAUAUUAUAGCAAAUCCUGUUUAAUCUGGAUUAAUUAAUAGCAUCAUAUUGAUGAUUAUAUGUGCAUUAUUGUCUAGAUUUUCUAUGCAUAUACUAAUGAAGUGUGCAUUCAAAAAUAAUUAACAUUCCUAUGCAGAAUUAGUCAAAUUUGCUUUAGGUUCAAAAAUGUAAAAAUUUUAUUCAGUGGAUAUGAUUUGUUAUACUUUUGGAGCAAUUGUUUGUUAUUAGAUUUUGUUUAUAUAAUUCCUUUGGUAAGUCUUAUUAGUAUGUGGAUUUGAUUAAUCAUAUUAGGUUUAAGUCAGAUAUAUAGGUGGAGCUUUAUUUAUGAUUCUUAACUUCCCUAUAAGUAUGAUGAAGGAUUUAUAUUCAUUAAGAUACUUUACUGUUGUUUAAAUAAUAAUUAUAGCAUAUAUUUUAGUAAUAAUAAUCAUAUACUUCUUCACUGAAUUUUCAAAUCUCUUUGAUGAUAGUAAAAUUGUGUAUUUUGAUUUUAAUAUUUAAUUAACAAGUACAUUUGCAUCAACAUUUUUUGGUUUUAUUUGUCAUUAGUUAAUUUUCCCAAUAAGAUCUGAAUUAAAUAGAUCAAGUUUCAGAAGAAUGUCCAAAAUAUUCAAUCGAGCCAUAUUUUCAGAACUAAUCAUUUAUUUAACAUUAAUGAUCUUUGGUUAUUUGACCUUAUUUUAAUAAACACCAAAAAUUAUAAUUGAUGGUUAUGUAGGAAACAUUGAGUUUACUUUUGCUUAAGCCUUUUUUGCAUUUAUUAUGUUUUUUGCAGUUCCAAUUAACUUAAAUCCAUCUAGAUUUACAAUUUUGCAAUUGAUUGAUAAAGAAAACAAUUGGAAUGCUUAUGUAAUUUGUACAGUAGUCUUAUAAUAUUCAACUGGAAUUAUUGCUAUGAUAUAUCCAAAUGUUAAGUAAUCAAUNAUAAUUUAGAACGUUAGAGUUUAUUAAAUUAUAUGAAAUCAUUAAUUUAUAUCUUAUAUAUAAAUAUAUUUCAUAUAUAAUAAUAAUAGAAUGAAAAUAGAGAAUUCUGAAAAUGAUAUUUACAAUCACUUGUAAGAUGAUGCAAUAAACUAAACUCAAGAUAAUUUAGAUGAUUAAGGAUAAUUAGAAUAGAAUGCUUAGAAUACUUCUUGGUUUGCAAGAACUUGUGGAACUAUGAAAAAAGGAUCACUGAGAUAAUCUAUAAUUGCUCUUAUGUGUGCUGCAAUGGGUUCAGGAAUGUUAUCCUUUCCAUGUAUAUUUAUAUUUAUUUUAAUAUUAUAGCAAAUCCUGUUUAAUCUGGAUUAAUUAAUAGCAUCAUAUUGAUGAUUAUAUGUGCAUUAUUGUCUAGAUUUUCUAUGCAUAUACUAAUGAAGUGUGCAUUCAAAAAUAAUUAACAUUCCUAUGCAGAAUUAGUCAAAUUUGCUUUAGGUUCAAAAAUGUAAAAAUUUUAUUCAGUGGAUAUGAUUUGUUAUACUUUUGGAGCAAUUGUUUGUUAUUAGAUUUUGUUUAUAUAAUUCCUUUGGUAAGUCUUAUUAGUAUGUGGAUUUGAUUAAUCAUAUUAGGUUUAAGUCAGAUAUAUAGGUGGAGCUUUAUUUAUGAUUCUUAACUUCCCUAUAAGUAUGAUGAAGGAUUUAUAUUCAUUAAGAUACUUUACUGUUGUUUAAAUAAUAAUUAUAGCAUAUAUUUUAGUAAUAAUAAUCAUAUACUUCUUCACUGAAUUUUCAAAUCUCUUUGAUGAUAGUAAAAUUGUGUAUUUUGAUUUUAAUAUUUAAUUAACAAGUACAUUUGCAUCAACAUUUUUUGGUUUUAUUUGUCAUUAGUUAAUUUUCCCAAUAAGAUCUGAAUUAAAUAGAUCAAGUUUCAGAAGAAUGUCCAAAAUAUUCAAUCGAGCCAUAUUUUCAGAACUAAUCAUUUAUUUAACAUUAAUGAUCUUUGGUUAUUUGACCUUAUUUUAAUAAACACCAAAAAUUAUAAUUGAUGGUUAUGUAGGAAACAUUGAGUUUACUUUUGCUUAAGCCUUUUUUGCAUUUAUUAUGUUUUUUGCAGUUCCAAUUAACUUAAAUCCAUCUAGAUUUACAAUUUUGCAAUUGAUUGAUAAAGAAAACAAUUGGAAUGCUUAUGUAAUUUGUACAGUAGUCUUAUAAUAUUCAACUGGAAUUAUUGCUAUGAUAUAUCCAAAUGUUAAGUAAUCAAUAAGUUUUAUAAAAAUUAGGGCAAUUUUUGGUUUAUUAGGAGGAAUAUUUGGUAUGAUUAUGGUAAUUGUAUUACCAUGUUUGAUUUAUAUUAAAUUGGAACUUAAAGAUGGUAAAAAGUGGUCAGAUUUCAAUAUUAUGUUUACAUUUUUGAUAAUGAUUGUGGCUGGCAUUUCUGGAUUUACAGGAGCAAUAGUAAGUUAAAUUUAUUCAUGA